UAUCUUACGUGUAUAUCUAUCGUAUAUUCGAGAACCUUUGAUGUUAUCAAAUCAAUAUUUCUUACUAUACUAACAAUUUUAUAAUUUAUUUCACGAUAGUGACUGAUAAUCAAUGAAAUUCGGCCUAUUCAUAGGCUUUGUAUAAAAACCGGAUCAUGUAAUUGAACGUCAACAUUCCAUAAGCCGUGAAUUUUCAAAUAUAUUUCGCCAUAUGUAACGAUAAUUACAUACAUUAUGCUUAAAACUGUGAUUCCUCUUAAUUAUGAGACAAUGUUUUGUUAUGAAAAACGGAACAGAUAGUUUAAAUUUCAGGCGAUAUUGGAAAUUAUUAUUAUGGUCAAGGACAUCCUAUGAAGCCGCAUCGCAUAAGGAUGACGCACAAUCUACUUUUGAACUAUGGUCUUUAUAGAAAGAUGGAAAUAUAUCGGCCUCAUAAAGCAACUGCAGAUGAAAUGACAAAAUUUCAUAGUGAUGAAUACAUUAGAUUUUUGAGAUCAAUACGGCCAGAUAAUAUGUCAGAAUACAACAAGCAAAUGCAACGAUUUAACGUAGGAGAAGACUGCCCUGUUUUUGACGGUUUGUAUGAGUUUUGUCAAUUAUCAGCUGGUGGAUCUGUAGCUGCUGCUGUGAAGCUCAACAAGCAAGCUUCAGAAAUUUGUAUCAAUUGGGGUGGUGGUUUACAUCAUGCGAAGAAGAGUGAAGCUUCUGGUUUUUGUUAUGUAAAUGAUAUUGUACUUGGAAUCUUGGAAUUACUGAAAUAUCAUCAGAGAGUUUUGUAUAUUGAUAUUGAUGUUCAUCAUGGUGAUGGUGUAGAGGAAGCUUUUUAUACAACGGAUAGAGUGAUGACAGUCUCAUUUCACAAAUAUGGAGAGUAUUUCCCUGGAACGGGAGAUCUUCGUGAUAUUGGAGCAGGAAAGGGAAAGUAUUACGCGGUUAAUAUACCUUUAAGAGAUGGUAUGGAUGACGAGAGCUAUGAAUCAAUCUUCGUCCCUAUUAUCUCAAAAGUUAUGGAAACGUUUCAGCCUUCUGCUGUUGUUUUACAGUGUGGAGCUGAUUCAUUGACAGGCGAUCGAUUAGGAUGUUUUAAUUUGACCGUGAGGGGUCACGGCAAAUGUGUUGAAUUUGUAAAAAAAUAUAAUUUACCGUUUUUGAUGGUCGGUGGUGGUGGUUAUACCAUCCGAAAUGUAUCCAGAUGUUGGACAUAUGAAACAUCGGUAGCUCUUGGUUGCGAAAUUGCUAAUGAAUUGCCGUACAAUGAUUACUUUGAAUAUUUUGGUCCCGACUUUAAAUUACAUAUUAGUCCUUCAAAUAUGGCAAAUCAAAAUACUCCUGAAUACUUGGAGAAAAUAAAAACAAGGCUCUUCGACAAUUUAAGAAUGCUACCUCAUGCACCUGGCGUACAAAUCCAGGCAAUACCAGAGGAUGGUGCUGUUAUUGAGGAUUCGGAAGCUGAAGAAAAGGUAAAUCCGGAUGAUAGAUUGCCUCAACGCGAUCUAGAUAAAAGAAUACAACAUGAAAAUGAAUAUAGUGAUAGUGAAGAUGAAGGCGAAGGUGGGCGAAGAGAUAAUAGAUCAUAUAAGGGAUCUAGAAAGCGGCCCCGUUUAGAAAAAGGUCAAGAAGCCAUGGAUAUUGAUAUAAAGAAAGAAGAAGAUAUAAAGACAGAACCGAAAGAUAAUGAAAAGGAUGAAAAAAUAAACCCCACAAAUGAGGAAACCAAGAAAGAUGGUGGCGCGAAUCCCUGAUAGAUGAUUGCCCCGGAGCAUCUGAGAAAAUGGAGAAACUCUUAUUUAAAUUAAGUAAUGAAUAAGUUUAAAUAACUUACAUAAUGGCAGCACAUAAUGUGCAUAAAUAUCUGCUGCCUCUACCUCGCGCGCGCCCUUUAAUUCAAAAUCAUGUUUUUAUUGAAAAUCUUGAAAAUGUUUAGAUAUUUAGAAAUAUCAGUUUCAUUCACGAAGCGUCAUCCAGCUUCGUCGAAAUUGCACGUAUGAGCGUGUAUGUAGCUUAUAAUAUCCUGCAAUUUAGACCGUUGGGAAUCUUGAAGCGUAUUUGUGAAUAUUUUCAAAUAUGUUUCUCCAGGAGGUGAUUGAAAGUAUCGCACAAAGAUUAAAGUACCCAGCAUUCACGGAACUAAGAGUGUCCCGCGAUCAAUUCAUCAGAAUUUUAUAAUCUGACCAUGGUUUUUUUAAAUACAUAUUUGUUUGUGAUUUGUCAUUUCAACUUAUAACUCAAUUAAUUUUCAUACAAGAUAUCAUUCAUGAUAAAUCGCGACUGUUACAGGAUUUUAUAUAAAUAUUCUAAGGAUUUUACAUACAUACAUACACAUAUGAAUAUUCCAAGAUUGGGUUAUAAAAUAUUGAUGGUCUGUUUAGAAUAUGAAAUUCUAUUGCUCGAAUGCUACAAUCAAAUUCAUAUAUAAAAUACAUAGAACGAUACGUAUGUAAAUGCAUGUUGAUAAUAUGCGUUUUAUUCAUAUGCGACAUCAUUUCAUACGUGUUAUUGCUCUCGCGAUUGAUUAACUGCUCAACAGAGAUCAUAAUUUAUGUACUAUAGUUGGAACAAGCUUAUUCCUUAAUCCUCGCUCUUAAAAAUCAUAUGUUAAAUUUGUUCGCUUCCUAUUCUUGUACAUAAUACGCAAAUUGAUCUUAAGGGAAAUUGAUCUUUGCAUGCAAUAAUUAUACUGUAAUGAUAAUCUUUAUGAAAAUGUAAAGUACUAUGUAUCUUACAUUACUCAAAAGAUUAACAAAUAUUUUGGUCAUCCUUCUAUUUUAUGAAUUGCAGUAAUAUUAGCUCGUAAUAUAUUUCAGAAAAAAAAGGCUAGAUGAAAUAACUGUAAUCUAACAGAAUUGACAGUUUAUAUCUGUUGGAUUACACUUUCUAGCAAACUUGUUACUAGUUAAUUUACUGAUUAAAUAAAUUAGAGAGAUGUCUAAGAAAGAGAUAUCCUUCUGAUAUUUUUGAGUAAUGUAUAUGUAAGAGAGAAAUAAAAUCGACAAACAGAAACGAAAUUGAAAAGAAAAUGUAAGACUAGGGCAGUUGAGAAAUUAUGUAAUCAAUUUCGAAUAUAUAAUUGUAGUAUCUUAAACGUACAUUAGGUAAGAUUUAUCUUAAUUUAUAUUUAUAUAUAAAAGGGAAAUAUGAAAAAAAAAUUAUUCAUGGCGUCUAAAUCAAUCUUUGUAACAAGAACUCAAAGACAUGAUGUCAUUUCAAAAGUCAAGUUUGCAUAUGUAGAUUGAUGAAAGUUUUAUUACAAAAUCUCUAUAUUAUGUUCUCAUUACUCAUUUACGAGAGCAAUAAUUAUGUACUGAUCAUUUUAUGUACAUAAAAUUCGUCCUCCUUUCUACAAUGCCAGAGUACUCAAUCAGAUUGUACUAGCGACCGUUGUCGGUUUUACCUGUAAUAAUCUGUAAUAUGUAAUUGAUCGACAUGACACACGAAAGCAAAUUCAUAAAGGAUAUUUCGUGUAUUUCAUGUAAGUCAAUUCGAGAUACAGUACAGAUCAAGUAUUAGGUAUUUAUGUCCACACAUAAGAGUACAUAUAUGGACGUUUUUAAAUAUUUAUAAUAAAAAAAUAAAGAAAUCUAUAUAUGUA